UCAGAUAAACAUUUCAAUUUCGGAAAUGUUAAAAUUGCAAAAGAAAACUGAAGAUUCGAAAUUGGCAGUGUUCUUGGACCACAGGAAACUGAUAAACGAAUCAUAUGGCGAAUUUAAGAUCAAGUCCGAACUGUUCCAGUUCCAUGCCAAAAAGACUGGCCAAGGAAAUGAGGAAGCCAAGACCAGGAAGCGCAAAAGGAAAGCCGGCGUAGAAGAUCCGUCGUCCUUGGAGGAUUUACACUUAGUGAAUGGAUAUCUAAAACUUCUGAGCAUGCCCCCUGAACUGGGGGACAGUCCACCGAUAGAGAGGCACUGGGAGGAUGACUACAACGUGCCGCAGUUGCAUGGUGCCAACGAAAGUGGACGGAUGCAGCGGUUCCUGGGAGUUGAUGGAUCCCGUGGCGUGUACUUGAUUCCCAAUCAAUCCCGAUUCUUCAACCACAAUGUGGACAAUCUGCCUGCACUGCUGCACCAACUUCUGCCCGCCUACGAUCUCAUCGUGCUGGAUCCUCCGUGGCGGAAUAAGUACAUCCGCAGGAUAAAGCGGGCCAAGCCGGAGCUGGGAUACUCUAUGCUGAGCAAUGAGCAACUGUCGCACAUACCGCUCUCGCAGCUUACGCACUCACGGUCACUGGUGGCCAUCUGGUGCACCAAUUCGGCGCUGCAUCAGUUGGCCCUGGAGCAGCAGCUCUUGCCCAGCUGGAAUCUGCGCUUGCUCCACAAGCUCCGAUGGUACAAACUCAGCACAGACCAUGAACUGAUUGCUCCUCCGCAGUCGGAUCUCACCCAGAAGCAGCCAUACGAGAUGCUCUACAUGGCCUGUCGUACCGAUGCUUCUGAGAACUACGGAAAAGAUAUCCAGCAGACCGAGCUGCUCUUCAGCGUACCCAGCAUUGUGCAUUCCCACAAGCCACCACUGCUGUCUUGGCUGAGGGAGUACCUUCUGUUGGAUGAGGACCAGAAGGAACCAAACUGCCUAGAACUGUUUGCCCGAUAUCUACAUCCCCACUUCACUUCAAUUGGCUUAGAAGUGCUCAAACUAAUGGACGAAAGGCUAUAUAAAGUGCGAGAAGUAGAACAUUGCAACCAGGAGGAGGUAAAUUAGCUACGCCUAAUUAUGGUAUUUAAUUUUUACAAGUACCUCAUUAAAUAAGGGAUUUAUAAGCA